GAGCGCGCGGUCGGGUUGUCUGUUGCUGCCAUGGCGCGGAGCGGGGAGAGGUUCUGCCGGACUUCGCUGCUGAUGGAGAAGAAACCUUUGGCAGAAGUUCGACAUGGGCAGAAAGCCACUGAAACAAAAUGGAGUCGCAGGACCAUUCCAGUGACUGUCAGUUUGUUGGAAAGCAGUGAAGGUGAAGAGGAUUGGAUGGAAACAGUUGUGAAGUUACCUGAAUCAUGUGAAGUAGUUCCUGAAUCUCCGGUGGCUAUAGCAGACACUUUUGUUCCUGAAACGCCAGCCAGUGAACUUGCGGUCCAUCCCAAGUUGCAAAUGUCCAAUGUGAUGACACCACCAACUUUCCACACCUAUCACCCCAAGUUGAAUUCAUCAAAGAAAUGUACUAGAGUUAAAGUUAAGCUCUUUUCAAAUAGUGAAAAUACUAAUGUUGUGAAACGAAGUGCUCGACACAGUGUCAUGAGCAAGACUAAGAGACAGGAUUUGUUGAGAGAUCGUGAAAACCUUUCUCCAGUUUCUCUAUUUGGGAAGAGACCGGCUCAUCCUGAUGAAGUGCCCAGAUUGAAAAAAUGGAAAUCAGCUCCAGAGAGGGAAGUAGUUAGUGACAAGGUGCAGGAUAAACAGGACUCUUCCGAUCAUCUCCUGCAGGAGUGUCUUGAGGCUAUUAACCAGCCCUUGCCACAGCUGUGCAACGUUGUGAAGAAAACUGUGAAUGAAAAGCUGCCAAAUAAAAAAUUGCAAAAUGGACAGAUGAGACAAUGUGAGAAUUACGUUUUGAAGCCACUCUCUUCUCCAAACUGUUUAUCUAAAGAUGCAAAGCCCCCUGUGACUGUGUGGAAUAAGGUGGGGAGCCUGCAGUUGUCCACAUCUACUGCUCUAAGAAAUCCCUUCAAGCGAAUAGAUACACUCUGCACAAAUUCACAGAAUGGAAGUAGUGAUUCAGUAUUUGUUCAAAUAGCGAGAACUAAAUACAGUAACUGUAGUAAAGAGGAUGGACACUUGAAACGCUUUCAAUCCACAGUGUCAAAAGAUAAAUCUUGGAUAGAGACAAGAGAAGUGGAAGCUAUGAAAAGUCCUGGUACAAUUUUGGGGUAUCAUAGUGGGAGCAAUAUACAGCACUGUGUUGAUUCAGAAUGUGAAGAGCAAUAUGUCAAAUGCGAGCAUGAUAAAGGAAGUGUUUCAACAGAUUUAAAGACAAAGUCAUCUCAGGCUGAGCUAUAUUUGAGUGUGUCAAACAAACCUCACCUCUCUCAUAUUACAAAACAAUCAGAUGAGCUAUGCGAAUCAAAGAGUGGGAGCUGCUCACAGGGUUUCAGUAUUGCAGCAGAGAAGCCGAAUUAUGUGAGUAAGAAGCAUUUAAAUGCUGCUGUAAGUGUGUGCAAAGGUCUGUAUCAAGUGGUAAUGGUGAAUGAAGUCCUCAGUCCCAGUGGUGAUCGAGAAAAACACUUGACAAUUACAGCAAGCCAAACAGGCACUGAUGGCUGCAGCAAUACGCAGCAAUGUGUUCUGAAGGAUGACUGGGACACUGUUGAGGUCAAAGUCGGGGAUACAGUCUAUGUUGAAGGAGAGAAGUAUUCUGAUACGUUUGUAAUAAAUGGGGAAGCUGGGUACCUGAUUGUGAGCCCAGACCAUCUUAUUUCUGGAACGAGUGUUGCAAACAGCAUCCGGUGCAUGCGUAAGGCUGUGCUGAAUGAGAGAUUUAAGGCCUGUGAAAAGGGAACGCAACAGAUGUUGGUUGGCACUUUGGUUCAUGAGAUCUUUCAAAAAGCGGCAAUGAGCAACAGAUUUACGCAUCAUGCGUUGGAAGAAGUGGCCUCUCAAACAGUAUAUUCCCAAAAGUACUUGGGAGAGAUGUACAGUUUGAAUCUGAGUCAAGCAGAUAUGAUGCAAGCAUUACGUGAUUACUUCCCAUCGUUAGAGACCUGGGCUCAAAAUUUCAUGGAUAAUUCUCAGUCCGGGAUACAGCAAAUGCAGCUGAAACUACCCAGUGAUAGAAAUCCAUCCAGACUGGCUUCAAUCUGUGGCAUCACAGUGCUUGAUAUUGAAGACAUUGAGGAGAAUAUUUGGUCUCCAAGAUUUGGAUUAAAAGGCAAGAUUGAUGUAACAGCUUCUGUAAAAAUUCACCGCCAACCCAGGACACAUACUAAAGUCAUGCCUUUGGAGCUUAAAACCGGGAAAGAGUCUAAUUCGGUGGAGCACAGAAGUCAGGUAAUUCUGUACACCUUGCUGAGCCAGGAACGCAGGGAAGAUCCUGAAGCUGGAUUUCUCUUGUAUCUCAAAACUGGUGCUAUGCAUCUAGUACCAGGCAAUUAUAUGGACAGAAGAGAACUGCUAAAGCUAAGGAACCAGCUGGUAUUUUAUUUAACCAAUGGCAUUGUUUGGCCAGAAUCAAAGAAUACUGACACCAAGGUUGCACCACUCCCUCCUGUCAUCAAUGACCAACAGACUUGCAGGUUCUGCUCUCAGCGACGCAACUGUGCUUUAUACAGCAGGGCAGUGGAGCAGGAUUUGGAGGACAAUUCUGUACCUGCAGAUGUGAAACCAAUUCUGCAACAAGAUACCGAGCACUUGAAACUAGUACACUUGCAAUACUUCCGGCUCUGGUACUUGCUAUGUGUUCUGGAGACACAAGCAGUUGAUAAGAAGGGAGGACUGAGAAACAUUUGGCUGCGCUCUGCAGAGGAAAGGGAACUGCAGGGAUGCUGUGUUGCUAACCUUGUGCGCAGUGAUUGCAUCCAGACCAUUGCUGAUGGACAGUAUGAGCACAAAUUCACACGGAGAGCUGGGUCAAUAUCGAAAACUACGCUAAUGGUUGGAGACAGAGUGGUUGUCAGUGGUCAGAAGAAAAUGCUGCUUGCUGUCUCUUCUGGAUAUGUCACUGAUGUCUGCUCAUUCCAGAUCACAUGUAUAUUAGAUCGGAACCUUUCCAGGCUGCCUCUAGAAACUAUCUUCAGACUCGAUCAUGAUGAAGGAGUUGGAAAUAUGAACAUUCAUUUAGGAAAUCUUUCAAAGCUGAUGGAACAAUCUGCAGUCAGUGAUAAACUACGGGAAUUGAUUAUUGACCUCCGGCCUCCACAGUUCAUUCCCUUCCUGAGCACUGUACUCCCAGGGAAAGCAAAGGACACAGUGGCCAAAAUUUUGCAAGGCCUGAACAAACCUCAGAAACAAGCAAUGAAGCGGGUACUACUUUCCAAGGACUACACACUAAUCAUGGGCAUGCCUGGAACAGGCAAAACUACCACAGUUUGUACUCUGGUGAGAAUCCUUCAUGCUUGUGGUUUCAGUGUCCUCCUGACUAGUUACACUCACUCAGCUGUUGAUAACAUUUUGUUGAAACUGGCUCGUUUCAAGGUGGGCUUCCUGCGUUUGGGACGUUACCAGAAGGUCCAUCCUGACAUUCAAAAAUUCACAGAUGAGGAUAUUUGCAGAAGGAAAUCCAUCCAAACCCUAACUGAGCUGGAAGACCUGUAUAAAAGUGAACUGGUGGUUGCAACAACAUGUAUGGGAAUGAAACACCCAAUAUUCAGUCAAAGGAGGUUUGAUUUCUGUAUUGUGGAUGAGGCAUCCCAGAUCAACCAGCUGAUCUGCCUGGGCCCUUUAUUUGCUGCUGAUCGGUUUGUAUUGGUUGGAGAUCAUCAACAGCUACCGCCCAUUGUUCAGAGCUCAGAUGCCAGAGCUCUGGGAAUGGAUGAGAGUUUGUUUAAGCGUCUGGAGCAGAAUUUUGAUGCAAUCGUUCAGCUGAACGUUCAGUACAGAAUGAACAGCACGAUUAUGUCACUCAGCAACAAGUUAAUAUAUGAAGGAAAGCUGGUAUGUGGAUCAGAACAAAUAGCAUCUGCAACAUUACAGCUGCCGAAAUGGCAUGAGCUGCAUGUACUCGGCCUGAAAGAUACUUGGUUACAAGAUGCUCUGGAUCCUUUAAAGCCUGUUUGUUUCCUUGACACUGAAAAGGUACCAGCUCCGGAGAGAAAUGAACAAUGUGGACUGAGCAACCUGAUUGAAGCUGAGCUGGUGUACUGUCUGACAAAAGUGCUGCUACAGGUUGGCUGCAAGCCUUGUAACAUCGGGAUUAUUGCACCUUAUAGACAACAGCUUAAAGCUAUCUCGGCUAUUUUGAUGCGGGACAAGGCCUUCAGUGCUGUUGAAGUCAACACGGUGGACAAGUACCAGGGGAGAGACAAAAGUGUGAUUAUUGUAUCCUUUGUUAGAAGUAACAGCGAGGGAAAACUUGGAGAGUUACUGAAGGACUGGCGAAGACUCAAUGUAGCACUGACUCGCCCCAAGCACAAAUUGAUAAUGGUGGGCUGUAUCUCGACCCUGUGCCAAUAUGCUCCUUUUCAAAAAUUACUUGAUGACUUGAAGACUGAACAAAUGAUCAUUGACCUACCUGCUGCAGCACAUACUGUCAUCGUUGCAAAGUGUGUGCAUUUCUCUUCCUGAAAAAUGUGAAUGUGGGGAGAACUGCUGUUUAGUGUUACAUAUCUAUGAUAGGAAUAUACUUGCAUCUCAACUGAACCUCUACCUACCUCCUGGAUAAGCACUGCUACUGUAGUCUGACCUAUGCCUGUCAUUCAGGUGGAUCUACUGUUUCUAAAAAUGAGCCAAAACUAAUUAAUCAGAAAUUCUCUCAUUGUUUAGUUAGUUCUGAAUAGAUUUGAACUCCUUCAACUUGACUGGAAUAGUAAAAACUGAAAUCGCUACCAGGUACGCAAUUUAAAAUUAAUGGACACAAGCUGAAAAUGUUGCACAACACACAUCCCACUACCCAAACUGAAUUGUAACGCUGAAACACCCAAAUUAUAUUAAUGUUUGAUACUGCAUCACAUCAUAUUUGUGUAAUACCCAAUCUGUAUAUUGUUGUAACAUGGCAACAUUUUUUAAACCAUACAAUAAUGCAUAAUAACAUGUUCUUCAGUCCAUAAGAACACUGAAAGAUCUGAAAUGUUUCUGAUAUCCUUUUGGCUACUGCCAAGAUGAGGAGAGAUCUUGGUUGUUAACUCCAAAGCUUAAAGGAGAUUGUAAAGUCAGUGUAGAUAUGUUAGUGUAGGUUAGUCAAUAUAUAUCCAAACUGAACAUCUGUUUACCUUUUUGUGGCUUUGAUGUGCACAACUUAACCAUCUUGUUUCUCAUUUAUUACAGUGCCUCCGUGUUUAGUGGGCAUGCAAGAUGAAUUAGAUCCUUACCAUAUAAUGGGGUUGGGUGCAGGGAUGGAAUAGGAAUGGAGAGCUGUAUGUUCACUGCAGUGGAGAAGAUUCUGUGGUACACCAGAAUGGGUAGUUCUGUGUUUGUGCACUUUUGGUCUGGUCGAAUGCUAUUUCUCAUACCUUGGGCUGCUGCUUAUAUCAUUUAAGAUUGUUGAGACUUCCUAGAUCAGUUCAGAAUUGAUUGCUAUUUGUGGAAUUCCCAGCUGCUGAACCUGAUGUACACCUAUUUUAAUACAUAAUUCUAGCUACACAAUUUCAAUAAAGUUUAUAAAAAUUAACCAAAA